AACUCCAUUCUUGAAUAAUAAUCUACCAAAUUAAUUACAAUUAUUGUGUUCUUCAUCUUUCUUUUUCUUCCAAAACCCUAUUUGUAAUUUUCUUGGCUCUUUCAAACUUAUACCAUCAUCAUGUGUUGCCAAAGUCUUCUUUUGGUCCAAAAAAUCUCAGAACUUUACCACAAGAUCUCCACUCUUGAGAGCCUCAAACCCUCUAAACAUGUCAACUCCCUCUUCUCUCAACUUGUACUCCUCAUUUGCACCCCUUCUUCCUCGUCCAUCGACGUCUCCACGCUCUGCUCCACCAUCCAAACCAUGAGAUCCCAUCUCAUCAAGCUCUGUGGCGAGGCCGAGUCCCUUCUCGAGCAUCACUACUCCACCAUUUUAUCUUCCCACCAAAACCCUCUCGACCAUCUCUCCCUCUUCCCUUAUUACUCCAACUACCUCAAACUCACUCACUUAGAAUUCUCCAUUUUGAACCACCACGCCCCCCACAGUACUACUACGCCUCCCUCUAAAGUGGCAUUUGUUGGCUCCGGUGCACUUCCCUUCUCGUCUAUCAUCAUGGCCUUGAAGUACUUCCCAAAAACCGAGUUUCACAACUUCGACCUCGACCCGUCUGCCAAUGCGAAAGCAUCGAUGCUGGUAGCAGGCGACGUGGAGCUGUCGAGGCGGAUGGUGUUCCACACGACCGACAUCAUGGACGUCGGGUCGGAAGAGUUGAGGGAGUUCGAGGUGGUGUUUCUGGCGGCGUUGGUGGGGAUGGAGAGAGAAGAGAAGGGGAAGGUGAUCGAGCAUUUGAGGAAGAAUAUGAGUGGUGGGGCGUUGUUGAUGUUGAGGAGCGCAUAUGGUGCACGGGCGUUUGUUUAUCCGGUGGUGGAAGCUUGUGAUCUUCGGGGGUUCGACAUUCUUACGGUGUUUCAUCCAACGGAUGAAGUUAUUAAUUCAAUUGUGCUGGCACGAUUAUAAUAAUUAAUAACUAAUAAUGUGUGUAAUUAACAAUUAAGCUAAGUAAUCUCUCUACUUACUUAAUUAAUAUAUAUAUAUCUAUCACAAAUCAAGGAAAAUUAAAGGUAACAGUAUGGUAUUUUCUUGAUUUCGUGGUUGAGGAAUAAAAUUGGAAUGAUAUUGAAUGAAUGAAAUUUGAUUAUUUUGA